AAAAGUCCACAGAACUGGAAGCCGCGAAACUAAUUAAACAACUCUAACGAACCUUCGUCGCGGUAAUUUGGGAAUUUUUCGACGCAUUUAGAAUAUUACCGCGCGGAAACUGCGGUCUAUUUAUGACCAUUUAAUUAGUUAUUGAUGAACCCAUUAGUGCAACAGCUAUGAUGCGGGUAUAAAAGAUUGGCGCGUUUUGUUCGUGAGCAUUGCAUUGUCUGCUGCUAGGACCUCAUCAUGAAGUUUGUGCUCAUCGCUCUCGCUUGCGUGGUAGCCGUCCAGGCGUACGUCCCACGGGUGCCAGUGGUGCCGGUGCCGGCAGGUCACAGCGGGCACAGCGCGGGCGGCUCGUACGCCAACGCGGGCCACGGCGCCGGUCAGAGCGGCGGGUACAACAGAGGCUACCAGUCCGGCGGCAUGGCCCAGGGACACAACGUGGGACACGUUGAGGACGACUCGCAUCAGGAGUCCAGCCACCAUCACGCUGAGGACCACAACAUGGGAGGGUCGGUGAGCCGUGGCAGCGGUGGUCACAGCAACGGCGGUUACAACGGCUACGACCAUGGUCACAGCAACCGCGGCAGCCAGUACCAGUCCGGCUACCAGGGUGGCAUCAUCGGUUAACAAGUAACCACUAUCACGUGCAAUAUAUACGAUGAUCAUAACCGCGUGUUGUAUGUUCGUCCCGUAAUUAAAUAAUUUGCAAAUUA